CACGAUGAUACCAAGUUCUCAACCGUCAAGCUGCCAACCGCAGCGACAAACCCUUUCCAUUAUCUGGACUCACAGGUCCUGCCAAGCUGGUCCAACCUCGAUGACAGCAUAUGGAAGGCUAACCGCACUGACGCUGCUUCGCUGCAAUGUGACAAUCGGGCAGAGCAUGGAGUCAUCCAGGUCUACUACUGUUCCCGGGGUUCUCAUCAUCAUACGCCAAUCCCGCUCAGGGACCAUGGCAUCCCCAGCCUCUAUCUUUCUCAGACUAUCAGCCCCGCGCUGGUUUUUCCAAAUACUUUGAAAACUACUCCUGAGCCCUUAAAUUUUACAGCAAAUCUUGGCGCCGCUGCUGAAGUCUGUCCUAUCCCCGCUGAUACGGGUAUCUCCCCUUGGUUUCUUGAUCAACCACCAGGGCACUCCCAGAUAGACAAGAGCGCGUGCGUAAACGAUCUUUCACUGCCUGACUGUCACGUUUAUGACAAGAAGCCUGAUCAUAAGCCGGAAGUUAAGGACCAGGAAUUUGAUCUGCAUAAGCGAAAAUUCAAAUGCAGCAUCAUUGGGUGCAGAAUGGGCUUCAAGCGUCAGGACCACCUCGAGCGCCAUACAAGGAGUCACUCGAAGGAAAAACCCUAUGUCUGCUGGGUGCCUGGAUGUCACCGUGGCUUUUCACGCCGCGACAACCUCAAGGUCCAUUGUACAAAGACACAUGCGAGACCCGGUGGUCGCAACCGUUAUGUCGCUACCCUCGACGAGACGAGCCCCGACUACGAUCCAGAUUUCCGUGGCCAGUUGUCGUUUGACGGGCGCCCACUCUGA